AUGACAGCAAGCACAGUCUUUGAUACAAGAUUUUAUCCGUUCUAUGGCCGACUCCAUGAAAACAGGGUAUAUGGAGGAUGGUGUCCCGAGACUGUAACUGACAGAACAGACUAUCUUCAAGUCGGUAUGGGUGCAAUGCUGUCUGUUUGUACUGUGGCCACCCAAGGAGAAAAUAUAAACAAUGAAAAGACCACCAGCUGCAACUAUCCACAGACGGUGAAACCUGGAACGUUUAUGAGGAAACCAGCACUGCAAAGGUUUGAUCAGCAACUAUUAGUAAUGAUUAGAGGACCACAAAGAGUCCAAUUCAGGGGGUUACAAAAGCGAAUUUCAAAAUUUGCCUCACAAUGUGAAGUUUGUAAACCAUGUUUUUCAACCAUUGCAGCUCGAUCCGCGCUCAAAGUCCACACUAUUCAAAUCAUAUUGUUCUACAUUGGGAAGCAAAGAAAUAAAUGUAGGUAAAUAUAAGCCUUACCGUUAAUUCAUUUCAAUUUUAUCUAGAAUGUGGGCCUCUUGGUGUGGCAGACAGAAAUGCAAUCUCAGAUGCCAGAAUAACAGCAAGCACAGUCUAUAAUGCAAGAUUUUAUCCGUACUAUGGCCGACUCCAUGAAAAACAGGGGAUAUGGAGGAUGAUGUCCCAGGACUGUAAUUGACAGAACAGGCUAUCUUCAAGUCGAUAUGGGUGCAAUGCUAUCUGUUUGUGCAGUGGCCACCCAAGGAGAAAAGAUAAACAAUGAAUGGACUACCAACUACAAACUGUAA